AUGCGAAAGUAUUUUGACGAAGGAAAUGAACACGAUUUUUUAUGCCAUGAGUUGAAAAAUAUAGAGAAAUAUCUUGCUUCCGUUUCUUCUAUACUUUCACAGCUCUCGGAGCUCCAAAUUCCAACGUUCAAAGAUAAUAAUGAAGUUCCUGGCUUUCCAGGAGACGUUCAUAUGCGAUUUAAUGAGAUUACCGAUUUAACUCAAACUUAUACUCAUCAAUUUGAGAAUUUACCAGUCCUGGUCCAAAAGCUGUCCGAUGAUAUCGAAAAAUCAUGCGAUAAUCGUAUCAAUCUUUCAAGAAAUUAUGAAACAAUGCUACAUAUUAUGUCAGGACAGAUUGAAACACAAAGAAUUCACUUAAAUAAAGAUAAUAAUACACUUAAAGGUGCAAUUACCGCAAAUAAUACAAUGACUAAGAUUGCAAAUGGAUUGUUAGAAUCUAAAUCUAAAGAAAAAGCUAAUACGCAACAUCUUGAAAAGGAAUUGGUGAUUUAUCAAAAGUCAAUGCAGUCAUAUAAUGCUUACAGAUACAAAUUUGAAUGCUUCGAAAAAGUUAUUGAAGAAACAAUUCUUUCGUUUUGUGACGAAGAAAUCAAUUCUUUCCGAACAAUUAAAUCUGAUAUAUCUUCCACCAUCUCGAAUUUAUUGAAUGAAUUUGUAUCAUCGGCGACUAAAUUACGUGACAAUGGGCUUCCUGCAUCCAUUAACACCAACUACGAAACUGAUUUUAGAAAUUAUUGUCACGCAAAUCAAAUUGGAUUUAGGAAUUUCCGUUCACCAACAUUUAAACGUAUUGCAAUGAAGGCCCCUCAAAAGAGAUUUGUCACUCCUUCCCUUUCAUAUGCAAUUCAUUUCUUCCCUGAUUGCAUUGCAAGCGUCGCAGACGAAUGUGAAUCAACAGAUCAUGAAGUUAGUUACCAAAGAGACCAAAUUCUUGUCGUUGUAGGUAGUCUUGAAUCAGAAUAUGCCUUGGUUACUGACAAAGACUACUUAAAUAUGAAAUAUGUUCCUUCGAUUUACCUUAAAAAGAUUGAACAAGGUGUGUGCUACUCCAUGGAUAAGGGUGCAUUUGCAUUAAUCGAUUCCAGAGAGGGAGAGAAUUUCAAAUUACGUCUUCUGGAUGGAGAAAUUUACAAUACAACAAAAGAUCAUAUUUAUAUACUCUCAUUUUAA